AUGGUAAGCUUAUUUUUUUUUUUACAUGUCUUUAGAUCUAAUGCACAUACUUUGAUUUCAGUACCAGGUAGCGACGAGAAAAAAAUUUAUAAAUCUAUCAGCGUGAAUGCAGACUGCAUCGCCUAUGAUCUCGAAGACAGUGUCUCUCCAAAUAAAAAGGGUGCUGCAAGGCAUUUGGUUAUUGAUGCUUUAGAGCACGGAAAAGCGGAAAAGGCGGUUAGAAUGAAUGCAGUUGGAUCAGGCCAUGAAUUGGAUGAUUUGAAUGUUAUUCUUCACUCUAAACGACUUCAAGCUAUUAUUAUUCCCAAGGUGCAAGGAGCAAAAGAUAUUCAAUUUGUUAGUAGAAUGAUUGAUUCAGUUGCUAUCGAAUCACAGCGUGAGCGUAUUCGAUUGAUUGCAUCUAUCGAAAGCGCACUUGGAUUCAUGAAUAUUAAAGAGAUUGUGACUGCAGACCCGCGACUGGACGCAUUGAUUUUUGCUGCAGAGGAUUAUUGUGCUGACGUCGGACUUACUCGUACACCAAGUAGGAAAGAGAUGCUAUUUGCAAGACAGUAUCUCGUCAAUGCUGCUGCUGCGUAUGGCUUACAAGCUAUAGACUUGGUGUGUGUAGAUUAUCAAAAUAAAGAUGUUCUGAUAGAGGAAUGCAAAGAAGGUAGAGAGUUUGGCUUUACUGGUAAACAGGCAAUCCACCCCGAUCAGAUCGAUAUCAUUCAGUCUUUAUUCUUGCCGGAUCCAAAAGAUCUGGAGAGAGCAGUACGUAUAUUAGAAGGGUAUGAACACUACUCUCAAAAGGGUAUUGGUGCAUUCAAUCUGGAUGGGAAAAUGAUUGAUAUGCCAGUCGUCAAAUGGGCAGAGAAAGUAGUAGCAAGGGCAAAAGCAGGAGGCAUGGAUACUUCAUCUUUUGAAUCAAAGAAAGACGCUGAAAAAGAUAAAAAAUAA